AGUUGUUGUUGAAACGCUGCGGCGGGAGCGGCGGCGACACCACGUGGGCCGGGCGGGGGGCGGGGCCGAGCUGAGGGAGGCUCUGCAGACGGCUGUCAGGAGUGGAGGCGGGCGCGGGGCCGGCCAUGAUCGCGUCGUGCCUGUGUUACCUGCUGCUGCCGGCCGCGCGCCUCUUCCGCGCCCUCUCAGAUGCUUUCUUCACAUGUCGAAAAAAUGCCCUUCUGGCGAAGAGCUCAUCCUCCCAGGUAGAGGGCGACUUUGCCAUGGCCCCUCGGGGCCCUGACCAGGAGGAGUGUGAGGGUCUGCUGCAGCAGUGGCGAGAGGAAGGGUCGAGCCAGGUGCUCUCAACUGCAAGUGAGGGUCCCCUUAUAGAUAAGGGACUAGCCCAGAGCAGCCUGGCACUUCUGAUGGAUAAUCCUGGAGAAGAGAAUGCUGCUUCAGAGGAUAAGUGGUCCAGCAGGCAGCUGAGUGACCUUCGGGCAGCAGAGAACCUGGAUGAGCCUUUUCCUGAGAUGCUAGAAGAGGAGCCACUGCCAGAGGUGGAGGGCCCCAUGUGGACAGCUAUCCCCAUGCAGACGGACCCCCAGUAUGCAGACUGUGCUGUCCUCCCAGUGGGUGCCCUAGCCACAGAGCAGUGGGAAGAGGACCCGGCAGUGGUGGCCUGGAGCAUAGCACCUGAGCCUCUGCCCCAGGAAGAGGCUCCCGUCUGGUCCUUUGAGGGCCUGGGGCAGUUGCAGCCUCCCCCGGUGGAAAUACCAUAUCAUGAAAUUCUGUGGCGAGAAUGGGAGGAUUUCUCCACCCAGCCAGAUGCUCAGGGCCUGGAAGCAGGAGAUGGUCCUCAGUUCCAGUUCACUCUGAUGUCUUAUAACAUCCUGGCUCAGGACCUGAUGCAGCAGAGCUCAGAGCUCUAUCUACAUUGCCAUCCGGACAUCCUCAAUUGGAACUAUCGCUUCAUGAACCUCAUGCAGGAAUUCCAGCACUGGGACCCCGAUAUCCUGUGUCUCCAGGAAGUCCAGGAAGAUCAUUACUGGGAGCAGCUGGAACCCUCUCUGCGAAUGAUGGGUUUUACUUGUUUCUACAAGAGGAGGACUGGGUGUAAAACCGAUGGCUGUGCUGUCUGCUACAAGCCUACCAGAUUCCGCCUGCUCUGUGCCAGCCCUGUGGAGUACUUCCGGCCUGGCUUGGAGCUCCUUAAUCGGGAUAAUGUGGGCUUAGUGUUGCUACUGCAACCACUCAUCCCAGAAGGCCUGGGGCAAGUCUCAGCGGCCCCGCUGUGUGUGGCAAAUACCCAUAUCCUUUACAACCCACGCCGGGGUGAUGUCAAGCUGGCCCAGAUGGCCAUUCUCCUGGCAGAAGUGGACAAGGUGGCCAGACUGUCAGAUGGCAGCCACUGCCCCAUCAUCUUGUGCGGGGACCUCAAUUCUGUCCCUGAUUCACCUCUCUACAACUUCAUCAGGGAUGGAGAGCUCCAGUACCAUGGGAUGCCAGCCUGGCAGAGUUUCGCUUUGUCGCCCAGGCUGGAGUGCAGAGGGGCCGUCUCAGCUCACCGCAACCUCUGCCUCCCAGGUUCAUGCAGUUCUCCUGCCUCAGCUUCCCGAGUAGCUGGGAUUACAGGCUGCUCAUUGGCUUUGAUCGAGGAUGGUGACAUAGAUACGGUAUCUGGACAGGAAGACUUCUCUCAUCAGCUUUACCAGAGGAAGCUGCAGGCCCCACUGUGGCCCAGCUCCCUGGGCAUCACUGAUUGCUGUCAGUAUGUCACCUCCUGUCACCCCAAGAGAUCAGAGAGACGCAAGUAUGGCCGAGACUUCCUGCUGCGUUUCCGCUUCUGCAGCAUCGCUUGUCAGCGACCAGUAGGACUGGUCCUCAUGGAAGGAGUGACAGAUACUAAGCCAGAGCGACCUGCGGGUUGGGCUGAGUCUGUCCUUGAGGAAGACACAUCUGAGCUUGAGCCUGCCUUCCCCAGGACUGUAGGUACCAUCCAGCACUGCCUCCACCUGACCUCAGUAUAUACCCACUUCCUGCCCCAACGUGGCUGCCCAGAGGUCACUACAAUGCCGUUGGGUCUUGGAACGACAGUAGAUUACAUCUUUUUCUCAGCUGAGUCCUAUGAGAAUGGGAAUAGAACUGAUCACAGGCUGUAUCGAGAUGGAACUCUCAAGCUCCUGGGCCGUCUCUCCCUUCUCUCUGAAGAGAUUCUCUGGGCUGCCAAUGGGUUACCUAACCCCUUCUGCUCUUCAGACCACCUCUGCCUGCUAGCCAGCUUCGGGAUGGAAGUCACCGCCCCAUGAUGGGGCUCCCGAGGGAAGAGAGCUUCUCUCCCAGAAGAGCUCACUGGAUCAGAGACUAUGGAAAAAUCCCAUGCUUCUGGAAACUUAGAUCCAAGAAACUUACAUCCCCUCCCCUCCCACUCCUUGUUCCCUUUUUCCCAUGGUUAGAUUUUCUCCAGGCCUGGCCAUGCUCUCUGCCUCACCCCAGCCUCUUCCUAAUCCUGUGCCACACACUCAGUGGCCCUGGGAGAGGCAGAAAGGGGGCUCCCCUUUCCUUCCAUGUAUCCAGCGCUCCCCCUUGAUUUUUAAUUACCAGGGUUGUGGGAGUUAACUGAUCUCAUUGGUUAUUUGCUUUCAGGCCGUUUCUUGGUGUACCUUCUGACCCGACAUUUUCCCUGCCUUCAGGACCUCUGGGCCCUCUUGCCAGGCAUGCACAUGUGAGAUGUGCAUAUCGUGCGUGUGUCCUCUUGGGGUGGGACUGUUCUGCACAGCCAUGCCUGCCUCUGACCAGUCCACUUUUCACAUGGGUGCUGCAGGCCUAGGGGCAGGUGCAGAGUCUGACCCAAGUAUCUGUGUAUGAUCAGGCAGCAGCAGGGCAUGGUCCCAUCUCUCCUUUUAGCCUCUGUGUUUCAUUACACAUUCAUCGUGCCAACCAGAGCAGGCCUGGCAUCUGGGCUCCGGGACCAAUUGGGGCCCACAUCCUGGAGUGACAGAUUCAGGGAUGUGCUACCUGCCCCAGCGGGCCCUGUGCCUCCAACCCAGAGCUCCCCACAGACCUGGUGCAAUUUCUCAAUGGCCCAUCCCUGUUUCCAGACUUCCCUGAGGGAGGCAGAAGUUUGAACCCUUAUAUGGGGUUCACAGGGCUAGGGUAAGUGGUAUGAGGUUUAAAACUAUUUAAGGAUGAGGAGGAGAAAGAGCCUUCAGGAAAACUCUUGUUUCACUGGACUCUGCAGCCUACAGAACUGGGGCAAGGGUAGGAGUUCCAGUAGGGGAAAGAGCAGGUAAACUGCAGCUGCCCCGCAGGAACUCAGACCUAAACUGAUUCUCUUUCCUCUGCACUCUUAAGAAGCAAUUUUCUGUUCCUCUCCUCCUGUCUCCCACUUCCCUCCUAUUUUCUUUCUAGAAAACCCUGGUAUUUAGCUCAGGCCAAACUGCCUCAGCAGAAAGGUGGCCUUGGACAAAACUGGUCCAAGAAUUUGGAGUGGCAGUGCUUGUGGAUUGGCUCUGUCCAGCAAGGCCUCAGCUGCUUAUUGCCUCUGCUUUCCCUCCCCUAAUACAGGGGUACCCUGGCUUAUUCAGGGGACUCCUUGGUCCAUACCGUGUCACCUACAUCCCUUAAUCUUUCAUUGCUGGGGUGUGGCCUUGGGAGAUCCUGGGCCGGCACCUCCAUACAUCUCCCUAAGUCAGAGUAGCUGCUGGCCCUGGGAGAUUUAACUUGCUCUUGCCCCACUCAACCUCCAGAGUGGGACUGAAGACAGCGGCCAAGAGACUUGAGUUUGGGACAGUGAGCCAGGUUAAGUUCUUUCCUUUUUUUUGAAAGCCAAAGACCCAGUUUGAAUUGUGCUGCUGCAUUCAUGGUUAGAAGCUUUCCAUGCCUAGGUUCUAGGGAAUUUAUUUUUCUAUGUGUGUAUAUUUUUAAACUUUGUUUCCUGGGUACUGGGCAUGUGCCUGUCUGAGCCCCAGGUCUGUCCACACCCCACCAUUCAUUCUGUCUCUCUGUCCCCUGGACACUGCCUAAAAGGGUCUCAAGACAGUGCCCUAUGGGUUCCUAGGACUAGGGCCCAUCACUGUUCUCUUCUGCUGGGAAAUGCAGGUUUAAAACGGCUAAUGAGGGCAGAGGGCAGGUGCUCGAUAGAUUAUCUUUUCCUUGCUUACUUGUUUCUGUUUUGAAAAUGAAAUGGGGUUUUAAAUGGUUAUUUAAAUUCUUUUUCUAAAUAAAGGUUUACCUUUUUUUCCCCC